CUGAUUAUAUAGAAUCCAGUUGUAAACAAACAUGGCAGCUCCCUUGUCAAUCCACGAUUUCGAUGUGCUUGAACCAACUUAUUGUAGAUUACAACACAAUUUUACUGAAAACGAUAAAUUGAAAAGCUUGAUCAGAGACAUAAGUGCAUUCAUUCCAAGUCAGCGGCAACAUGAAAAAAUUUUGUCUGAUUUUGACAUUUUAAAUAUUCUCCUGUAUAGAAGAGGUGGGCAGCUGAGGAGGUUAAAGUGUUUUCAGUUGCUGAAGAGGGUUCAGACAUGCUUGAAAAGAUUUCACAAGUUUGAAAAACUUUACCAGCUUCUCUUAGCCCUCAACAAAGAUCUCAAAAGUGCUGAUGCAGGAUAUGAGUCAGGAAGCAAGAAUGUCUAUCUUCCAUCCCACCAGAGUUGGUCCUACGUCCUCUACAUUCAGUCAGUGUAUGUACAGCUGUUGAAAACAACUGGCACAUAUUGUGUACUUGCCUUUACAGAUUUGAGUCAGUUGUUAGUCUUUGGAUGGUUUGUCCCUACUGUGAUUGUGUUCAUGGGCAUUAUUGCAAGAAUCUGGCUCCUUUGUCAAACUUUAACUGAGAAGGUGGUCUCAAGCUACAACAAAAUCUACCUUUGCAGAGAAAUGUUUGAGCCGUCUGCUUCAGGCUGGUCAGAGCCAUCGUUAGCUCCCUUGCUAUGUUCUACCUCAAAAGUACAACCAAAACUAGUGGAACAAUUAACUGAAGCUAGUCAACAGGUGAAUGAGAUAGACAGAGAGAUGGAGGGAUGUGAAACUACAAGGGGAGAUGUGAUGUCACAUGUUCAAGAGGAAGAUAUUGGAGAACCUGUGGCAGUGAAGAGAAAAUCAAAAAGUCAAGAGAGACCAAAUAAAAGACUCAAACUUGAUGAACAGAAACUAAGAAAAAAUUUCCCACAAACUAACAGAGAAAUAUGUGUGCCAGGUGUCAAAAUGGAGUCAGUAGAGGCAACAGAGUCAGUAGUGGUCAAGACAACUAAAGACAAAACUUCUUUAAAAAAAAAGAAGAAAAAAAAGAAAUGUGUUGAGAAAGAAUCCGAUCUUGAUGCUAUGGAAAGAUGCUCAGCAGAAACUGAUCUUAAAAGUUUAACUAAGAGAAAAAAAAAGAAGAAAAAGAAAUUACCAAAACUAAGCUGAUGGUUUUGGAAACUGGUGUUUAAUGUUUUGAUUAAAUAUGUCACUAAAAGUAGGG